CUGGAUGAUCCAAGUGAAGACCAUCUGUACAUGGUAUUCGAGCUUGUCAAACGAGGAGCAGUGAUGGAGGUUCCUGCUGAUAAGCCCCUGGAUGAGGACCAGGCACGCUUCUACUUCCAGGACUUGCUGAGAGGAAUCGAAUAUUUACAUUAUCAGAAAAUCAUCCAUCGGGACAUCAAGCCUUCCAACCUGCUGGUGGGAGAAGAUGGUCACGUUAAGAUUGCCGACUUUGGGGUCAGUAACCAGUUUGAGGGAACGGACGCCCUGCUGACCAGCACAGUGGGAACGCCAGCAUUUCUUGCCCCAGAGACCCUUUCAGAGACCCGCAAGAACUUUUCUGGAAAGGCUCUGGAUGUGUGGGCUAUGGGAGUCACCUUGUACUGUUUCAUCUUUGGAGUGUGUCCUUUUAUGGAUGAGCGUAUUUUGAGCCUCCAUCAGAAGAUCAAGGCCCAACCGGUGGAGCUUCCCGAGAACGCGGACAUAUCAGAUGACUUAAAGGACCUUCUUUUUAAGAUGUUGGACAAGAAUCCCGAAACCAGAAUUACUGUCCCACAAAUCAAGGUGCACCCAUGGGUGACACGGCACGGUGCUGAGCCCCUCCCCCCUGAGGAUGACAACUGCUGCAGUCUAAUAGAAGUGACAGAGGAGGAAGUGGAAAACUCUGUCAAGCACAUCCCCAGCCUGGCCACCGUGAUCUUGGUUAGGACUAUGUUGCGCAAGCGUUCUUUUGGAAACCCGUUUGAUUGGGGCCGCAGGGAAGACAGGAGUCCCACCGCUCCAGGACACAUGCUAUCAAAAGGGAGAGCAGGGAGUUUGAAAUACUGCCGCAAUCUCUGUACCCCCAGGAAACAAGAGAGCGAGGAAGGCGUGCGGAGCAUGGACCUGCCCUUCGUGGGCGAGGAUGAAGUUCUGUCCUGAUAACUGUGGGCGUCUUACUCAAGGGAAAUGCAUCAAGAUGGGGCUGUUGUGGCUUCCGGAAGGCCAGGAAAUGGACCUGGGGCUGGGGCGUUGUUGAUGUGGAGGGUGCCCACCCGUUCAUGCAUGCAUUUGUACAGUCCACAGCAGCAUGCACCGUAUCUGUCCGCCCAGGUCUCUGCCGUCUCUCAGGACCCGUUU